CUGCAUCAGGACCACUGUCCUGCAGCCGGACGGGGCACUGCACAGGCAGCUCAUCGGGCAAAAACAUCGGGCUUUGAAAUCCGUAUUGACACGAAAUCCCAUUGAAAUACUUGCAGGGCAGUUGCCGGGUGGGAGGGGAAAGGUGCGGAGGGUUUGCACGCAGAGGAAAACCGGUGGCUGCAGCCGCUGCCCCCGCGGAGAUGCUGACGUGCGCGUUGCGGGGCUGCUCGGCCGGCAUUUACAUUGUGACGUUCACAAUUUCAGCUUCAUGUGUUUGUCCUGUAACAGGGAAGAUGGAGGCUGGUGGAGAAGCUGGUUGCAGCAAAGCUACCAAGCUGUCAAAGACAAGUCCACAGAAGCUUUGGAGUUCAUGAAACGGGACCUGGCUGAGUUCACCCAAGUGGUGCAGCAUGAUACAGCCUGUACUAUUGCUGCCACAGCCAGCGUGGUCAAGGAGAAACUGGCUAAGACAGAAGGCUCCUCAGGCACAACUGAAAAGGUGAGGAAGGGGCUCUCUGACUUCCUGGGUGUCAUCUCGGACACAUUUGCACCUUCACCAGAUAAGACUAUUGACUGUGAUGUUAUAACGUUGAUGGCAACGCCCACGGGCACCACGGAGCCAUAUGACAGCACCAAGGCUCGCCUCUACAGUCUUCAGUCAGACCCAGCAACCUAUUGCAAUGAACCUGAUGGCCCUCUCGAGCAAUUUGAGGCUUGGUUCUUGCAGUUUAACCUGGAGGAGAAGAAAGGGGAGAUCUCAGAGCUGCUGGUGAGCAGCCCCUCCAUCCGGGCUCUCUACACCAAGAUGGUCCCGGCAGCCGUGUCCCAUUCUGAGUUCUGGCAGCGUUACUUCUACAAAGUGCAUCAGCUGGAGCAGGAGGAGGUUCGGAGGGAAGCCCUGAAGCAGAGGGCCGAGCAGAGCGUGCAUCAUGAGGAGCCAGGUUGGGAAGAGGAAGAGGAGGAGUUCCUGGGCAUGUCGCCCCUGCCUUGGGUGAAGUCACCCGACGAGCCCAAGAAGCCAGUGGUCCCAGCCACUUUGGAGGGAAGCCCCCUUCCCAGUCCCCAGGAGCCCUCCAAGGAAAGCUGGGCUGUGCUUGCUGCUUCCCAAGCCCCCGUGGAGGUGACCCCCUCUGCGAGCAGCGAGAGCGUCUCCCUUGUGACUCAGAUUGCAAACCCUGCCUCUGUGCCUGACACACAGCUAGAGACUGGAGCGCAGCUGCCAGUUGGGCCUAGGAACCUCUCCCAAAGGCUUCUGGAAGCGACUGCUGAAGAGCCAAAGCCCACAGAGUCUGCACAUCCUCCUGCAGCCACUCGGGAGCGAGCAGCCUCCUCUGAGCAAGCGGGGCUCAAGGAGCAGGCAGAGGGCAAGCCCCCGGGCAGGACAGAGACUCUGAGAGAGGAUGGGCCAACGGAUUUACGAGUCUUCGAGCUGAACUCGGACAGUGGGAAAUCUACUCCCUCCAACAACGGGAAGAAAGGCUCCAGCACUGAUAUCAGCGAGGACUGGGAAAAGGACUUUGACCUGGACAUGACAGAAGAGGAGGUGCAGCUGGCGCUCUCGAAGGUGGAGGUGUCUGGGGAGAUGGAAGACGAAGAGUGGGAGGACUGGGAAUAAGGAGGCUGCUUCCUGUGUGCACGCCACAGGCUCAUUUCCACCAUCCGAUGUGAAUUAAAUCACAGACCGACAAUUCCUUUCAUGUGUAACUGUGCUGGGGUUUGCAGCUCUGGGCUGGAGGAGUUUUAUCCCUGCUAAAUCUUUUGGGUAGCUCAAACUCACGACCCAUUCAGAUGCUGGAGGAGGUGGCAGCAGGCAUUUCACUUGGGGUGCUUGGGAAGGGGGCUCAGCCUCUCAAGAGGUUCUAGAGACCAGCAAGGUCAAAUGUGACUGCCCCGCAAGACGUGGGGGCUGGAGACAGGUCAGGUGGCAUCAGUGGGUCCCUAGGGUUGAACUGGACACUAGAACACCUGGCUGGAUUAUUCUGUACUUCUCAGCUGCUGGUUUGCUGAUUGUCUGCUUGUGUAUGUGUAUAACCUACAAUACAGCAGCUUCAAAGGCUCUAGACUCCCAGCCCAACUAACCCCUGCGAGAGAUCACCCCCCCCCCCCCCCCCCCCCCCCGCCGGCG